CCAAUAACACAUAUACAGGGUGCAAUUGAUCAAUAACUGUAUUAUUGGAAAAACAAAGAAAUGUUUAAUAUAAAAUUUAAUAGAGUGGACUUAUCGAUAUUUUAUCAAACUCUAAGAGAUUUACUAGCAGUGCUGGACUUAACAUAGAUCAAAUGAAAAUUCAUAAAAAAAUAUUUAUAUUAGUGGAAUUAAUAAAAGUCCGUUUUUUGAAGUUAACAUAUAUGUCUCCCAAAUGUCACAUAUGUAUGCUUAAUAUGCUUAAUAAAACACCGUUUUGAAUUAUGGAACUUAUCUCUCAUUCUUGUCAUUAAAACGUAUUAAAGUUUACAUCACUGAAAGUUUAAGUAUUCCAACGACCUGUCAAACAAUAGCUGCCAGUGGGAAGGACUCGUAUAUCUAAGGGGGUUGCGACAUAGCCUUCCAUCUUAGACGCUAUUUUUAUUCAAAAUUGUAGUCGCCAAGCCCGCCAAUUUUUAAAAAAUAAUUAUUCCUAUACUUUCCUUGUCUGUAUACAGACAGGAAAAUAAAAAUGAAUAAACGUUUUUUUUUAUAUAAUAUUUUCAUUGUGUUCGACAUAAAAUAUUUUAAUUUAAUUCAUUAUUCAUGAAUUCACGUAUUAUAAUAAUAGAAUACAUCAUAUGUCGCAACCCUCUAGACCUGUGUUUCUCAAAGUGUGCUCUGCUGAGCCCUGGGGCUCCACAAAGUCUUUGUGGGGGCUCCGCGAAGAAAAUAAUAGUCAUAAUCAAAAAAACAGCAGUAUUAUGAAAGAGGACCUGGUUUGGAGGACCUAGUUUGGAGGACCUAGUUUAGAGGACCUAGUUUAGAGGACCUAGUUUGAGGACCUAAUUUGAGGAAUUUUUUUUUAAAUGUGUUUAACGGCUCCGUCAAAUAUUUCGCUUUUUAAAAAGGUUCCGUCGCCAAAAAAGUUCGAGAAACACUGCUCUAGACAUACCAAAGCUUCCCACUGACAGUUUUUUCUCUGGGAUACCUAAUAGUCUUAAUUUCGACUAUCCUGGACGCCUAAAAUAAUGAAUUAAGUGUACGAUGUUGUUUUGAGAGACCAACUAAUAAAAUAUGAUAAAAAUGACAGAAGAAAGGUUUACAAAUUAUAUUUAAAAUAUUUCGUUUUAUUUACUCAAAUUUUGACGACCAUUACUAAAACUGCUUUCACUUGUAAUUAAUUUCAAUAUACAGUGUGUCUACUUAAGUUGGAACCAUAUAAAAAAAAAUUAUUAUUGCCAUAUCUGAUUAGCUACUUCGACCAUAAGGCCCCGCCCACUUGAGAGUAGCGUCUAUGAGGUAACACCAAGAAAUAUGGUUAAUGGUGGAUGAAGGAAGCAUUUGCCCUUUUACCGAGAGUAGUACAUUACCAUCUGCAUGUAAUAAAAUUUUUCGUCGAAAUUUCCUUAAAGAAGGUAUGAUUGGUAUAAUUCCUAAACAUUAUAGGUGGAGAGAUAACCAAUCUCAAAUUGGUAUUCAGUCGUUAUUGUGGGAGGAAAACUGUCGUAGUAUCAAUAUUCACCAUGCUGCGAAGGGUAGAGAGAAUGUGAUUGCGGGUGCAAAGGUUGAUGGUUUCUGCAAUGAAACCAACCAAAUUUUUGAAUUUCAUGGCUGUAUCUGGCACGGCUGUAAAUGUCUGAAAUAUCAGAGAGACGCCCCUCUUCAUGAUAAUCCUUCUGAGACCUUAAACAUACGACAUGAAGCUAUAGUUGCAAAACUCAAUAGAUUAAGAGGAUUUGGCUUUGAAGUUGUUGAGAUGUGGGAAUGUGAUUUUCGUAGACAUAUAAAAGAAAACAGGGAGAUUAUAAUUAUAUAUAAAAAAUCAUCCUAUUCUACUAAAUUUACCUCUUAAUCCUCGUGACGCUUUUUAUGGAGGUCGUACAGGAAAUGUCAAAACGUAUUACAUCUGUUUAGAUGGAGAACAAAAUAACUAUAUGGAUGUGUGUAGUCUUUAUCCAUACAUUAACAAGUAUGGAAGAUAUCCCAUUGGACAUCCUUAAUUGAUUAUUGGUAAAGAAUGCUCCAAAUUAAAUUUAGAUGAAAAAGAUGGAUUAAUUAAAUGUAAAGUACAACAGCUUUUUCAUCCUGUUCUACCAAUGAAAAUGAAUAACAAAUUAAUGUUUGUUUUAUGUAGAACCUGUGGAGAAACUUUUAAUCCUAACUCCUGUCAACAUGUUGAAGAAGAGCUAGCACUGAUUGGUACAUGGGUUGUAGAUGAAGUAAAGAAAGCCCUGGAGAAAGGUUACAAAAUUUUAGAAAUAUAUGAAGUUUGGAAAUACCAGACUGAACAAAACAACCCUGAAACCAAAAUCGGGGGUCUUUUUGCAGAUUACAUUACAUACUUUUUGAAAAUUAAAACUCAGGCUUCUGGGUGGUCUGCUAGAUGUGACACCCUUGAGAAAAAAGGUCUACAUAAAAGAAUAUUUUGACAAGGAGGGUGUAAUUCUAGAUCCUUCCAAAAUUUAAUUUAACCCCGGUCUUCGUCAGUUGGGUAAAAGUGUUAUCACUUCUGUCUGGGAUAAACUUGGGCAAAAAGAAAAUCAAAUUAAGUUUAUUAGAAUUGAAAAUUACAUUCAAAUCUGCAAUUACACCGAUCUAUCUGAAAAAUCAGAUUUUUUCUAGUUUUUGCAUUGAUCUACCUAAUUACGGUAAUCCAUAAUUUUUUCUCUCUCUUCUCUACUAUAAACAUGAUACGCUUUUCUUUUCUUGGCGUUUGUGAAG